AUGUCGGCAUUAGUACCUAAGUUAUCCCUUACGCCGGUGAAGUUUAACCGUUUGGAAUCACUGACGGAAGGAGCAGUAAGUACUCAUCGUCUGCCAGAAACAGACAGGCCGGGUGAUGAAAAAUCUCCAAAGAAGAAAAAAUUGAAGAAGCGUCUGAGCAGGCGCGAUUCCAUGAUGAACGUCCUCAGGGAUGAACUCAAAAACAUGGAAUCUCUUCCUGCAUUGAAGACGCAUAGGCCACCAAGUGUGAUGGACGAGUGGAUGAACACUGAAGAGAAAAAAGAUGAAGAUGCUUACUUAACAGAUAGGGGGACACAGCGGAGACGAUUUAGUAGUGUUGGAGACAAUGAUUUCAUGCGCGGGAAUUUGUCAACUCGACGAAGCAUCUCAGAGGGCUCCUCUGAGGACGUCGUUGUUUCUGGAUAUGAGUUGAAGAAAAUUCGGAUGUUGCAAUCCUUAGAAUCAAUGGGAGUCACGCUACCGAGGAAAAGAAUACAAUCUUCGGACGAGCGAGAGAUUUUACAAAGUAUGGAGUAUGCCAAACGUCAAAGUUUGUCAACAAGACUCUUACAAACUGUAAACAAAAAGCCUAGGUUUAGACACCGGUCUAGAUCUCGAUCAAGAGAAGCUACUGUCCGUUCAUCGCCGGAAGACGCUUCCACGGGGACAGAUGAUGAAAGUAGGGACAGAGUAGACAAUAUGUUAAACGCAAUAACAAAGAAAGUGGUGGAUCCUAAAAAUUCCGUGGUGUUUGGGAACACGGGAUUAAACUUUAUGAAGAAUGAUCUAGGCAAUGAUGUUCUUGGAUCUUUCAGAAGGAAAAUCCGAAGGAGAAAGGUCCGGCCAUACAUGAAGUGGAAACGCCUAUCAAAAUUCAUAGUCAUUUUACUCCGCGCCUGGAAGAUCCACUCCCAGUCGGUAAACUCUAUUCUGGGAUUGUUUGAAUCCCUGGACGCUUUGACAAACUCGUACGAGACCAAGGACUUAAUGUUCAAUGUCACAGAUUUCAAGGCAGGAAAAGAGGGCAUGAUAUCUUCAGAGGUACGGCGAAUCCUGGAAAAGAAGCCGAAAACGCGGACAGCAGAGGAAAUACAUUAUGUUCAAAUUGCCUUACGAAACUACAAGUCGAUCGCUGAAUACCCUGUUGACAUGCAGAAGAAAAUAGCCUCCAGGGGCUGGUAUGAAACAUAUGAUGCAAAACGAGUUAUAGUUAGAGAGGGUCACUUACCAAUCUGUUUCUACUUCGUCCUUACUGGAUCAGCCGUAGUGUCCUUUUUGGAUGUCCAGUCCAACGCAAAUAAAACUGUCCUUUUCCUUCAUCGGGGUGACAGCUUUGGUGAGCAAGCGAUUAUGACACGAACAUUGCGGCAGACGACAGUCAUUUCCCGCGAAAAAAUCGAACUUCUAGUCAUGUCUGACGAAGAUUUCAUAGAUAUCUUUAUGUCUGGAGGCCUAAGGAAUGUCAACGAUCCUUUUAUAAAGUCUCUGAAAUUUCUAGAGGAAUGGCCUGUAGAGAAACUAGCAGAUAACCCAAAGAAAGCAAUUUUCAGCUUUUUCAAACGAGGAAAAGUUCUCAUCAAAGAUACAUCACAGAGCGACUGGAUAUUUGUUGUCAAAUCGGGUAGUUGCAGUUUGUUGAAGAGACUUCAGCUAAUUGAUCCCACAAAGACACCACGGAAAAGCAGGAAAAAAGAAUGGCGAGAGAAAGUGGAAGAGUGUUUAAAAAUUGGUGCAACCUUGUCCCAUGAAGAUCAGGUCACGUUACUUUUCGAUGAGGAAGUGAAAAAGCUGGAACAGCAGAACGUUACAUUAAGAUAUUAUGCUCUUCCUGAAAUCAACAUAGCAACGAAUGAGGCUUAUAACGAUCUACGUCAUCUACAUGAUGAGAUGAUAGAGAAUAAUUUCAUCAAAAGAACUAUUGAGGAUUUGAAACAGCGGGCGGCAAAUGAAGGCUCCAUAAUAACAGAAACAGACCUGGAACUUGAUGAAGAGGAAAAGAUAAACCAAGAAGCGAGGAAAUACCGACGAAUGUCGCUAGUGGAUCUUACCAACCUCGUCUCAAAAGGUCCAUUUAUGACAAAACCAAAGAAAACAGACACGUCUAAGUCUGCAACUACUGUCCGCACAACGACCGAACUGACGGUAACGGUAGAGGACGAGACUAUCAAUGACUAUACGCUAACCGGAGGUGACGUCACUCAAGAAAGGAUGUCUAAUCACCCGCCUUCUACAAAAGCCGAUGAACCUUCCACCUUUGAAAAUGAUGGAGGGGAUUAUGUUUUUGUUAACUGCCACACCCUCACAAAAGGACAGAUUUUUGGCUUACAGGAUAUUUGUUUUGAGAAUCAGCCCAGUUUUAGUCUAGUCAGUAAUGGAGUCGAAGUGAUCAUGAUUAACAAGAAAUUCUACACCGAGAAUCUUACCAACAACCAACUUGUUAGGCUGAGGGAUCACGUUUGGCCAUAUCCGAGUACAGAAGAUCUCCAAUCCACACUGGAUAGCCACAUUCGAUGGGACUACCAUAAAAAACUAAACUUGAAGAAAUCCUUGAGAGACGUUCGCAUGCGAAACCUCCCAAUUGGUGACUCCAGGGCUCAUUUAAACGUGCCUAAAGUAGGAAAGGAAAACAGUUACUAG